CGACGAUGCGCAAAGCAGAGCAGAGCGCGCAAGUAGCGAAAAUCAUGCGCACAUGUGAAAUGUUUAACAUGUGCUUGCCACUUCCAGCUCAAAGUGCAUCUAUUUUGCCACAACAUAAAUCCCCUCCGUUCGAUCAAUCAGUACUGAAUGAAUGACGUGAGAAGCACAUCGCGAAUGGAGAAUAGAUUGAAGAAUCAAAAAUUACGGCGUGUAAGUGCACUGACCGGCGCUUGGUUGGACAGUAGCGCAACGCAGCAGCGACGGGAUGCUUGCACCGUGGAGGAAGACGAAGAUGAAGUGCUAACGAAGCGGGGUUCCUGGACGGGACGAUUCGAUUUUCUGCUGUCUCUGUUGGGAUACUCAGUUGGAUUGGGAAAUGUGUGGCGGUUUCCAUAUUUGUGCUAUAAUAACGGCGGAGGUGCUUUUCUCAUCCCGUUCACCAUCAUGCUGGUGAUUGCUGGCUUGCCGCUGAUGUUUAUGGAACUCUCCCUAGCGCAAUAUGCAGGCCUGGGACCGGCUGUUCUUUUCAAACGAUUGUCUCCGCUUCUCCAGGGUCUGGGAUUGGGAAUGGUAUUGAUAGCGGGGAUGGUUAUGCUGUACUAUAAUGUUAUAAUCGCCUGGACCCUCUACUAUAUGGUUGCAUCAUUCGAGGAACCAUUACCGUGGAAAGGCUGUGAUCAUUCCUGGAGCAGUAAAUUUUGCUUUUCCUAUGAGGAAGAAAACAAGUGCGUCAGUAAUAACGGAACAUACUACAUGAGGAUAUGCUACAGAAACUCAAGUUUGAUUACGAACUUCACAAAAAUGCAGAGAAAGCCUCCAGCGGAAGAAUUCUUCAAAAACUAUGUCCUUCAACUGUCGAGUGGUAUCGAACACACGGGUAACAUCAGCGUCACAUUGGCGCUAUCUCUGCUAGCAGCCUGGUUGAUCGUGUUUCUCUGCCUCUGUCGAGGUGUCAAGUCAUCGGGCAAAGUCGUUUAUUUCACAGCUCUUUUCCCAUAUGUGGUUCUCGUCAUGCUGUUCAUCAGAGGACUUACACUUCCGGGUGCUUACAACGGCAUCAUGUACUACCUUGAGCCUGAGUGGGAAAAGUUGAAAAGCGCUCAAAUUUGGGGCGACGCCGCAGUUCAAAUAUUUUUCGCACUGAGUCCAGCCUGGGGUGGACUGUUGACACUCGCCUCGUACAAUAAGUUCAAUAACAAUUGCUACCGUGACGCGAUCAUCGUGGCCAUCUCUAACAUUCUUACCUCAUUCUUCGCUGGAUUUGUUAUCUUCUCGAUACUUGGCUUCCUGGCACAUGAACUCGAGACGGAGGUGGAAAGUGUGAUUGAUCAGGGUGCGGGACUGGCUUUCGUUGUGUUUCCGGAGAUGGUAGGCAAGCUGCAGAUGCCAAUGUUUUGGUCGGUUUUGUUUUUCUUCAUGCUGCUGACACUCGGUUUGGAUUCACAGUUUGCACUGAUGGAAACGGUGGUGACGGGUAUUUUGGAUACUUUCCCGGCCUGGAGACGUCGCAAGAUGCGAGUUGUGUUUUGUGUAGCGGUAGUUGGAUACAUAGGUGGAUUGGGAUUCAUCACAAAGAGUGGCAUGUAUUGGUUCCAGCUGAUCGAUAAGUACGCUGCCAAUUGGUCCGUGCUGUUGAUUGCCAUCACCGAAUGCAUCCUUGUGGCAUGGAUUUACGGAUCGGGCAGAUUUAUUGCCAACAUCGAGGAGAUGAUUGGCAAGCGAUCGAAGUGCUUCAUUUACUUUUGGACUGUCAUCUGGAAGUUUGUGACGCCGAUCACAUUGCUGUUCAUCCUUUGCUUCAACUGGAUACAAUACAAACCAGUAUCCUACGGUAAAUACGCGUACCCAGAAUGGGCGGAUAUCAUGGGAUGGUUGAUUGGACUAUCGCCAAUGAUAGCCGUAAUAGUGAUAGCUUUCUAUACAUUCUGGUCCGAUAAACCACGCAAUUCUUUUGCACAGAGGAUACAAAAUCUCCUGAAACCGACAUCGGAUUGGAAGGCGGCAAAAUCGUCGCUGUAUCACUUCGAGUAUGAUGACAACGGCAUUGAAAUAUAAGUCGACGCAUGAAGUACGAAUUGUGUAUCUAGCGGAUGUUUACAAGAGGCGCUUGUGAAUUCAGAGAGUGUUGUUCAAUUUACAUCUGCUGAUAAUAUCUUUUUGUUUGCGACUAAAUUAUAUUUACACGAAGAGGAUGGAGGAUGGUCGUUUGCAUAAGAAAUAUAUGCAAAUAUUAGGGCAAAAUGCAGAGAAAUUUCCAUUGAAUUGUACUUUUGUUGAAACCUCUUUCUAAAUAUAAAACGGCUAAUUACGUUCGCCAAUAAUUACCCUGCAAGUCAACAAUAGAUUAGAUUAUACAGAAAUAUGCUGAGUGCAAAUAUUUAGUUUUGUAUGAUUGGAAAGAAAUUCGUUCUAGGAAAUGGACAUCACGCCAUACCAGGGUUCGAUAAUUGCAUGGCAAGUAAAUAUACAAAGAAGGAAAAUGAAAAAUGACUUCCAACUAUAUAUUAGGCUGUCAAAAAAGUUCUGCGGUAUUUUUUUUGAAUUUUCAUUUGUUCAUAAAAUUAGUUACAAUCAUCUGUUUUAGGUCAAAUAUGCGCCGUUUUGUUCAAUGACUUGUUCCCAACGAGAUGCCAACUUCAUAAUACCACUGUUAUAGAAGCUCGCUUCCUUAUUGGCAAAAAAUGUAAGGAGUUGUA